ACCUCCAUGACGCAAUAAAAUCAGACAUGGACAAAGAAUUAAACAACUUAAUAUCAAACUAUAAAUCGAGUCUUGAGAAAUUAACCGAUAAAAUAAGUACAAUUAACUCAUCUCAACAACAUGAUCAUUCAAGUAAUGUCAAUGAAGAACAUUUGUCUGAAAAACUAAAGUUAAAGGAUGAAGUCCAAUCAAGUCAAUUGGCUGUACAACUUUAUAUUGAUAAUAUGAUCUGGAACCUCUUUUCUCGAACAGAAUUACAGCAUAAUACUUUAUUAUUUAAUAAUGAUCAGAAUAGAGUUAAUGAUAAAAAACACUUGAUGAGACUCAUUUUGACUUUGUUCGAGAUUGAUAAAAAAGAUGAAGGAAAAAACACAAACGAGUUUUUGGCACAGUUGCACGAAUGGAUGCUUAAUGUUAUGAACAUCUAUCUUCGUAUAUGUACAUUAUCCGAGAAAAAGAAAAUAUUGCAAUUAUUAAUAAGUACACGACACAUUUCUUCUUGGGCUAUUCCACUUAUUCAAUAUAAUAUAAAGGACAUUGCGAGAAUAGAUGAUUAUAUUGAGAUUUUGGAUAUGGUAUUUUUUAAUUAUAGACCUCCAGAUCAAAAAUGGAUUUGGACAGAAGAGGACUUUCUUUCAGUUUUAGAUCAGCUCGCUAUUGACUUUCAUUACAGUAAACUAUUAGAGACAGUUGAAGUCGAUGAAGACCCUAAAGUUGUUUUCAGAUUUACUCAAAGAUUGGCUACUUCACUUAUGGGAGCUAUACGUCGAUUUUCAGCAAUGAAUAACUUUAAUAAACGUUUGUCACAAACUUUAAUACAAAUCUCGACUUUGCUUAUCGACUCUGUAACUGAAAAAGGCUGGCAUUGUCAAGAUGAGAUUGAUAUGUUCAUAGCUCAGAUUGUUUAUGAUUUAUAUAAUUUACGAAAAUCUGGAUGGUUUUUCUUACCUAAUAUACCCUUUAAACAUGUAUCUAUAAAUAAGCUUUGGGAAAUAACUAUUCAUCUUUUACAAAUCAAAUGGAUAGAGAAGCCUACGACUAUGAAUGAUGUCUUGGAUGGCCAUUUACCAAAUAUCACUCGAUUUCAGUAUGACUUGCAUGAUAAUCAGAUACAGGCAGUCUUCAUGCUAACUUGUCUUACCAAUAUCGCUAUUUGUAUACCGUCUAGAAUAGAUCAAAUUAGUUCUGUGAAUAAUUCAUCUUCUUCAGAUACUGUCAUCUCUGCUUGUAUCGUCAGUAUUAUUGCUUAUACCCUUUUCGACGUAGCCUUUGUAGAUAAAGAACUGCGUGAAAUAUUUUACAAAGAUGUUCGUGAUCAUUUAAGUCUUAUUUGUCAACAUCAUUCGUUCGUUGUAUCCUUACUUUUCCGUUGGACUGUGGAGCAGAUUGAUGUGAUGGGACGUAUGGCAUUAUAUCUGUUUCAUUCGAUUAAUUUAGAUAACUGGAUCCUAUUACAUGAUGAUUUGAAAUUAUUGCAUAAGCUCUUUUCUAAUCAUAUAUUUAUGAUACGAAUUCAGUUUGGAAAAUAUAUAAUAGAGCAUUUGAAUUAUGACUAUAAAUCAUGCACAAUUGAUUCAAAUAUAUCCAAAUCGCAACCUUGGCGAAGUCGAAAGACACCUGUUCUUCCUUAUGAUAUUCAUGAAGAAAUUGCCUUUAUACUUUUAGAUGCUUGCCAACAAUUUCAACCUUUAUUACCAGACAAUAGAAUGAAGAGUAAUGAAAGUAAAAAUUCGAUUGAACUCAUGAGUACAGCUGUCUCUACUUAUCUGCCUCUUUCAGAUCAAAUUCAGUUAUUAAAAUCUGUCUCUACAAAUUAUCCUCAAUCAAACAAUCAUCAACUAGCUUUUCAUUUUAUUCACUGGGCCUGGUCAAUAGCCAUUCGUCUCAAACUUUAUGACAGUCCAGUUUCUUCACGAGCAAGUGAGCUUGAGGAUUUGAUCACGUUACCAUUUUUAAAACUUGUGCUUCAUCAUCAUCCUUCUGCCUCUGCUUUACAUAGUGCAUUACUUGUCUAUAUCUCCUUUAUACUCUCAACUACUAGCCGCCACUUUUUGCGAUUUGAGGCAAAUCAUGGAUGGAUAAAACUGCUCAUCAUUUUGAAACGCGGUAAAGCUGAAGCUAUUUUGCAGAUCUUUAGUGACAUGAUUCCUUCCUUUGUCUAUAUGCAUGGCGAUGAUUUUUUUAACGAUUCAAGCCUUGUCGAUUUUUUGAAGCAUAUGAUUGAAUUAAAAUCAGAUCCCAUGUUAAACAGGGCACUGGAACAUGUCAUGAAGCUCAAGGGAAGCCAACGGGGGCCAUCAAGUGGUGUAGGUUAUGUGAUUGGUUCACAUAUUUGGCAUGCACAAGUGAUUGAUUCUGCCAGUCAUCUUCUAGAGGAAGACGGCAAAGGAUUUUCAUAUGUGGAUCUAAUGUUACACUCAUGGUUUAAAACGAUCUUUCAUAGAGAUGAUUGGAUAUGGCAGCAUCAUUACGUGAGUCUAGUAGACUUACUAUGUAAAUUUGCAUUUCUACUUGGACGACAUCAUUUAAUUCAUCAUAUGUUGACUGAAGAACAAAAAGAGAUGGAAGCUAUUAAAGUCCAGAAUACCUCCCCACGUCUAACACGUCUACUGAAGAAUAUCAUUCCUGAGGUUCCCUUCAAAACUCUUUUAGUAGGUGAAUGGUCUCUUUUAAAGGCAAAUACGUUCAAUAAACAACCUGGUGUUGAAGAUGAGUUAUACUGGUUUGCCUAUGAGGUGCUCGUGAUGGAAACCGUCAUAGAGGCUCCAUUACGGGAUGAACUAAGCCAGAUACUUGUAAAUCAGUUCUCUAGAUCACUUGCUACUGAUCAACUUCGACAAAGGGAGCAUCAAAGGGGACUCAAGGCAUCCAUUGAUAUUUUGCAAAUACAUAAACAAAUCCCAUCAUCAAGUCAAAAGCCUCUUGAUUUUUUCGUUAUCUAUCGAUGGUUGCAGCAUAUGCUUAUCAUGCCUAUGGAUCAUCCUUUGUUACCAUUGUAUUGUCAAAUGUUCUUUAGUCUUUAUUAUCAACCCAUUAUUGAUGAUCAAGUGUCGAUGGGUUAUUUGUUUUUCAGUAAAAGACCUGAACUCAUUAUGAAGCUACGUGAUUAUAUUGCUAAUGUACAGACCUAUUAUGGGAAAAAGAUAGCUCAUGAUUCAGGACUUAGCCAUAUCCUUCAGCAAUUUUAUUAUUCCAUAUGGUUAUGGCUUGGGAAUGAAGAUAUGAUUCACUUUGAUAUAAACAUGACCGCUCUACCGUCACAAUAUAAUGUGCAUAGACUUAAACUUUGCUAUGCGAAAAGGGAGUCAGAACAACCGUGGCAUCAUAUUCAAACAUGUUGGACAGAAUUAGUAGAUGUCAAGAAGUUGGAGCAUGAUUUUUUAGUGUUCCCCUGGGAAGGAUCUGAAAAAUUUAUUGAUGAUGAUGAUCAUAGCGGUUCUAACCCUAUUCUUAUUGCUGACGAUUCCUUAUCAAUGGUCACAACUUUACGACAUCGUUCAAGAUUAAUCACAAAUGAGUCCACAAUUAUGCCUUUACCUCCUAUUAUCAUAAAUGAACCAAAUGUCUCUACUUUUAUUAAAAGAAGAAGUAAUACGACUAUAAUAGAAUAAAUCUUUUUUUGUAUAGUAUUUUUUUUUUUCAUCCUCCCUUUUCUUGAAGAAGAAAAAAAAAAAAAUCAAUCAAAAUAUCAAUCAAAAAAUCAAUUUGGCUUAAUGCGGUAAUUAAAAAAAAAAAUAACUGUC